CACACAUAUAAAUUCCCCAUCAACACAAUCCAUAUUCCUCAGACCUGCAAGAACUUCAAAAAAACACAAAAACUAAAUAAAAAGAAGAAAAGAAAAGCCUUUCAGGUCUCAACAAUGGAGAUGAAGAAGAUUGCUUGCGGUGUGCUUUUCGCUGCUGCCUCCAUGACCGCCGUCAUGGCUGCUGACGAAGUCGGAGCUCCGGCACCAGGACCCGCUGCAUCCGCCGCCUCGGUUGCGUUGCCAGCCCUUGGCUCUUUGGUUGGAGCUUCCCUUGUGUCCCUCUUCAGCUACUACUUGCACUAAGCUAUCUUUCAUUAUGUAUUAAAAAUUAAUUAUGUGAUCUUAUUCAUUUCCUAUCUAUUUCCAUUUCAUUGUUUAUUAAUAAAACAGAGAAAGUAUUUCAAGAAUAAAUUUUCUCUUCUUGAUUAUUUUCAUUUUAA